CGCCUCCCCCGGCCGCUGGCACCCGGAGCUUCCUCCCUCGCCAGCCAGGACGCUGCCGCUUCGAUUUUGCCCGCUGCUCAGCUGACGAGGUUGCAAAGCUGCAACAAAGUGGAGUUGGCCUCCCUGCCCACCUGUGGAAGAAGCUCGCGCUGAUUGAUGCGCCAUCGACUUUUUUCCCCUUCGGCCUCGCCGGCGUCCCCUCCCACAGAUGCAGCAUCACCCAGUGAAUGUACAUUAGGCUGGUUUUUCCCCCCAGCUUCAGGCUUUGUUUGGGUUUGAUUGUGUUUGGCUCUUCGCUAAGCUGAUUUAUGCAGCAGAAGCCCCAUCGGCUGGAGAGAAACAAAAGCUCUUUUCUUUGUCCCAGAGCGGGCUGCAGAGCCUUCGCUCGCGUCGCCGCCCCGGGCCAUUGGCCGUCGGAGGAGGUGCUUCUCGCGGAGAUCGCGGGACCCGCCGUGCUGAGCUGGGAGGGCCGCGGGGGCCCUGACAUGCCGAGCGGUGCCCGGGCCAGCGUACCUGCACCGCUUGCUUCGAGCCGCGGGGUCCGCCUGCCGGGCCUGCGGGAAACGUCCUAGCGACACUUGGCCCGCGGGCCCCGAGGUGCGCCCGGGAGGCGCAAGCGCGCAUCCGGAGAGCAGCCAGGCAGCGGGCGCGGUGCUGGCUGCUUUGCAUUAUGUGCCGCCCGGCCCUGGCUUUUUUUACUGCCGCAUUUGUCUGCCUGCAAAACUGCCGGCCAGGUCCUGCCCCAUUCCUCCGGGCGGCCUGGGUGUUUUCAGUUGCUCUUGGACUGGGCCAAAGUGAAGACAAUAGAUGUACAUCUUCGAAUGCAGCGUCCUGCACCAAGUGCCUUGCACUGGGUCCGGAAUGUGGAUGGUGUGCUCAAGAGGAUUUCAUUUCAGGUGGAUCAAGGAGUGAACGUUGUGAUAGUGUUUCCAAUUUAAUAAGCAAGGGCUGCUCAGUUGAUUCAAUAGAAUACCCAUCUGUGCAUGUAAUACCAAGUGAAAAUGAAAUUAAUACCCAGGUGACACCAGGAGACGUGUUGAUCCAGCUGCGUCCAGGAGCUGAAGCUAAUUUUAUGCUGAAAAUUCAUCCUCUGAAGAAAUAUCCUGUGGAUCUUUAUUAUCUGGUCGAUGUCUCAGCAUCAAUGCACAAUAAUAUUGAAAAAUUAAAUUCCGUUGGAAAUGAUUUAUCUAGAAAAAUGGCAUUUUUCUCCCGUGACUUCCGCCUUGGAUUUGGCUCAUAUGUUGAUAAAACAGUUUCACCAUACAUUAGCAUCCACCCGGAAAGGAUUCAUAAUCAAUGCAGUGACUACAAUUUAGACUGUAUGCCUCCCCAUGGAUACAUCCAUGUGCUGUCUUUGACGGAGAACAUCACUGAGUUUGAAAAAGCAGUACACAGACAGAAGAUCUCUGGAAAUAUAGAUACACCUGAAGGAGGUUUUGAUGCCAUGCUUCAGGCAGCUGUCUGUGAGAGUCAUAUUGGAUGGCGAAAAGAAGCUAAAAGAUUGCUGCUGGUGAUGACAGAUCAGACAUCUCAUCUUGCUCUUGAUAGCAAAUUGGCAGGCAUAGUGGUGCCAAAUGACGGCAACUGCCAUCUGAAAAACAACGUCUACGUCCGAUCAACAAGCAUGGAACAUCCCUCACUAGGCCAACUUUCAGAAAAGUUAAUAGACAACAACAUUAAUGUCAUCUUUGCAGUUCAAGGAAAACAGUUUCAUUGGUAUAAGGACCUUCUACCCCUCUUGCCUGGCACCAUUGCUGGUGAAAUAGAAUCAAAGGCUGCGAACCUCAAUAAUUUGGUAGUAGACGCCUAUCAGAAACUCAUUUCAGAAGUGAAAGUUCAGGUGGAAAACCAGGUAAAAGACGUCUAUUUUAACAUUACUGCCAUCUGUCCAGAUGGGACCAGACAGCCGGGCACAGAUGGAUGCAGAAAUGUGACAAGCAAUGAUGAGGUUCUUUUCAAUGUAACAGUUACAAUGAAAAAAUGUGAUGUCACAGGAGGAAAAAGCUAUGCAAUAAUCAAACCUAUUGGUUUCAAUGAAACCACUAAAAUUCAUAUACACAAAAACUGCAGCUGUCAGUGUGAUGACAGCAGAGGACCUAAAAGAAAAUGCGUAGAUGAAACUUUUCUAGAUGCCAAGUGUUUCCAGUGCGAUGAAAAUAAAUGCCAUUUCGAUGAAGAUCAAUUUCCUUCUGAGAGUUGCAAGUCACACAAGGAUCAACCUGUUUGCAGUGGUCGAGGAGUUUGCAUUUGUGGGAAAUGUUUAUGUCACAAAAUUAAGCUUGGAAAAGUAUAUGGAAAAUACUGUGAAAAGGAUGACUUUUCUUGUCCAUAUCACCAUGGAAAUCUGUGUGCUGGGCAUGGAGAGUGUGAAGCAGGCAGAUGCCAGUGCUUCAGUGGCUGGGAAGGGGAUCGGUGCCAGUGCCCAUCAGCAUCAGCCCAGCACUGCGUCAACCCAAAGGGCCAAGUGUGUAGUGGAAGAGGCACAUGUGUGUGUGGCAGGUGUGAGUGCACCGAUCCCAGGAGCAUUGGCCGCUUCUGUGAACACUGCCCCACAUGUCACACAGCCUGCAGUGAAAACUGGAAUUGUGUGCAAUGCCUUCACCCUCAUAACCUGUCUCAAGCUUUACUUGAUCGGUGUAAAACCUCAUGUGCUCUCAUGGAACAGCAUUAUGCAGACCAAACAUCAGAAUGUUUCUCUAGCCCAAGCUACUUGAGAAUAUUUUUCAUCAUCUUCAUAGUUACAUUCUUGAUUGGGUUGCUUAAAGUCCUUAUCAUUAGACAGGUGAUACUACAAUGGAACAGUAAUAAAAUUAAGUCCUCGGCAGAUUACAGGGUGUCAGCCUCAAAAAAGGACAAGUUGAUUCUGCAAAGUGUUUGCACAAGAGCAGUAACCUACCGACGUGAGAAACCUGAAGAAAUAAAAAUGGAUAUCAGCAAAUUAAAUGCUCAUGAAACUUUCAGGUGCAACUUUUAAAAGAUAAAAAGUACUUAAUGGGAAACUGGAUUUUUAGUAAUUGCUCCUAAAAAUUAUAAUUUUAGAAGUCACAGGAGGAGAGAAAUUGUUCUAGAUCAUGCUGGUUGCUGGUUGUCCACUCGAAUGAAGACUGAUAAGCAUCCUCAUCAUCAUGUGACUCACAUCGCUGCUGAAUUUUUCAGAGAAAAAUGUGUCUUACUACUGUUUGAGACUAGUGUCAUUGUAGCACUUUACUGUAAUAUAUAACUUAUUUAGAUCAGCAUAGAAUGUAGAUCAUCUGAAGAGCACUGAUUACACUUUACAGGUACCUGCCAUUCCUGCGCUUCCCAGAGAGAGACAAUGCUGUGAGAUAGUUUUGGCAUUGUGUCACUACAAGGGUACAAUAAUCCCUGCACCGAACAUGCAGAUGAAAAAAAUAAUAAGGCGGUUAUACUAAUGUUGCCAAACACUUCAACAAUUGGCAGUGAAUAGACAAGAACGGCUAGAUGAAUAAUGGUUAGUGUUCACUCAUUCAGGAGGUGAACAGAUAGAAUCUUAAUCUUGAGGGAUACUGCUUUUGAAACUGUGUAGUUUUAUGCAUGUGUGUUUAUGUUUUCUUCUUUUUACAAGAUGGAUACUAAUACCCACAUUCUCUCCUUUUUGCCUUUAUAUUUUGGUUUUCUUUCUUACAGGAUAAGUUUAUAUGUGUCACAGAUGACUGGAUUACAUAAGUGCUAAGUUACUACUGCCAUAACAAACUAAUAAUACAAUGUCACUUUAUUAGAAUACUGGCUUUAAAAGCUGAAUAUUUAAUAAGGGACACUGUCAAGUAACAUCAAAAUCUGAACAGCUUUGUUGUUUGCAGAUGUGGAGUUUUCUAUCUUUUUACCUGGCAAACUGGAUGGAUUGUUUCACCAUUUCAUUUAUCUAAUCAUCAGGUUGAAAUUAACAAGAUAUUUAGAAACUCUGCCUCAAACAAAGUGCCACACUUUUGAAUGAGUUUUCUCAGAUAUUUUCUCCAAGUUGAUAUCAGCAUUUCUCACAUUAAAAGCUAUAUUAUUUCUGCCCUUCAGUGAAGCCUAAGGACAUUCUUUCCCUGAAUGACCUCAACCCUACUCACCAGAAUUCUAAAAGUAUACAAUUGGAGGAGGAUAGACAAUAUCCUAGAAAUAAGCUAAUUCACCCUUUUAGUUAGUCAGGGAACCGAGGCUCAGAAAGUUUAAAUGAUUUCUCAAAAACCACCCAAGUGAUUAAGUGACAGCAUUUGAAGAGAACUUCUAUCGUCUUAUUGCCAGGCCAGUGUUCAUUGCACAGUAUCAUGCUACCUCUCAAAUCUUCAAAAUGUUCAACUGGCAAGUAUUUUUAAAUGAGAUUUACUGAAGUCUUAAGUAUAUGGGCAUGAGAAAAUUUCAAAGCAAAGCAGAAAAGAGUAAUUCAAACUGAAUCGUCCAUGAUUGGCUUCCCAUCUUUCCUGCUAAUCAGCUUCUAAGAGACUGCAGCACGGCCUAACUACAGGGAAACCCAUUCACACCAUUGCCUGUGUGAACAGCGCUCCCUGGAGUUGUGCAGUGCUCAGCCCAAGAGCUUGAUACUACAGAGGCCAUAAACUUUUAUCUUCCCCAAUGGAAACUUCUUCACAAUUACCAUAUCCCUACAGAUUUAUUCAGUCUGAUUUUAUUGACUAGAAGUCCAACAGUCCUGUGUGCAGUACAGAGCUUUGCCUAUGACAAAAAAGGAAUUUAUUUAAAAUGUCCUUUUAUAAUUAACUUCCCAGAUUUGCUGUCUUCCAGCACUUGAGUUAAUCAAAUUGCUAGAUAUUUACAUUUCAAUGAAGACUAACCCCCACCCCAUAUUCUAUCCUAAAGAGGAUUUAAAAACAUAUAAGUUGUUCUGGAGCCCACAAACCACAGCAGCUCCAUUAGCCAUCCCGGAUAGCUAAGCAAUUAUGAUGCUAAGUUGAACUGUAUGUCCUUCCCCAAAUGAGAGAUUGGGGACAUUGACAUGAUUCAGUACUGUGACUCACUUGUGUAAGAUACCUUUACUCACCAAGGAUAACGUAAAAAUCGUAUUUUGCAGCCUGCCUGUCAUGUACAGCAUCUUUUUUUAAAAGGAAAAUAAAUGGAUACCUGACAGCCCCUCAAAAGGGAAAAGUAAAAAAUAUCCAUUCAUUAAAAUGCUGACAUUUUAAAAAAUGAACAUUACGAUGUUCAGAAACUAAUUUCCACGUGGAAUGAAUUAUCCAAAAGAGCAUAAUAAAAUAAAACCCUUAAAAACCAAGGAUUUAUAUUUUUACACUCUCACUAGGUUGCACUAAUUUAUAAUGGACCAAGGCUGUUAUCUUAGGAAGGGACAAACUUCCUGAUAGGCAGUUCAAUGCUAGAUAAUGAUUGUAGUUAUGCUUGUGAUGUCUUGUUCUUUCUUUUUUUACUUAAAGGUCUAAUUCUCAAAGAUUUUAGAGCUUAUAUUUUACUUGAAUAAUUGAUAUUUUCCUGUAUAAUGGCUUGUGAGAAGAGAAUUAAUAUUUGACUAGUUAGAAUUAAUUAAAAGGUAAGGAGAAACAGGGUAUUCUUAGAUUAAAUAAUUUAUGUAAAUAGAGGCUAUUUUCAACUAAUAUGACCACAGGAGCCUUUUGAGAUUCAUUGAUAUUAAACAUAAGCAAUGAAAUUUUAAAUGGUUAACAAAGUUAAGAACUUGAACACUUUGGUACGACAGUAUUUCUGUGCCCUAAAGUAUGUAAUGAUUUAGAAAUGUGCCAUAUAUACACUACAAUAUAACUUGAGGCAUUUUAUUUCUCUGGAGACAUCUUUACACUGCAGUGUACAUGAAUUUAUAAGCAUUUGAUAUCUUUUUUGGAAAUUUAUUAAUAUUUAUUGUCAUAGAUAUUCUCUGCAAGAUUCAAAAAUUCACUAAAAA